AAGAUGGCGGGCCCGGCGGCCUGAGCGUUGCGGGGCGCCGUGUUCCCAGCCCGUCCGCGUUGGGAGCGCUCGGGCUCGUGGGGCCGCGGUGCGCGUGCCGGCGGGCGGGACGGCCUAGCAGGGCGGCGCCUCCGAGCCGGCGGCGGGCCCGCUUCCGGCUGGGCCCGCGGAAAUCGGCGUGUUGGGGGCGGCGCUCGCGCCGGCGGGAGAAGGCGGGAGAGCUCGCGGGGUGCGAGGGGCGCGGGCCGCCCGGCCGGCAGCAUGAGUCAGCAGCGGCCGGCGAGGAAGUUGCCCAGCCUUCUCGUGGACCCGGCGGAGGAGACGGUGCGUCGCCGGUGCCGGGACCCCAUCAACGUGGAGAGCCUGCUGCCAUCAAAAAUAAGGAUUAAUUUAGAAGAUAAUGUACAAUAUGUGUCCAUGAGAAAAGCUCUAAAAGUGAAGAGACCUCGUUUUGAUGUAUCACUGGUUUAUUUAACUAGAAAAUUUAUGGAUCUUGUCAGAUCUGCUCCUGGGGGUAUUCUUGACUUAAACAAGGUUGCAACAAAACUGGGAGUACGAAAACGAAGAGUAUAUGAUAUCACCAAUGUCUUAGAUGGAAUCGACCUCGUUGAAAAAAAAUCUAAGAACCAUAUUCGGUGGAUAGGAUCUGAUCUUAACAAUUUUGGAGCAGUACCCCAACAAAAGAAGCUACAGGAGGAACUUUCUGACUUAUCAGCAAUGGAAGAUGCGUUGGACGAUCUAAUUAAGGACUGUGCUCAGCAGCUGUUUGAGUUAACGGAUGACAAAGAAAAUGAAAGACUAGCAUAUGUAACAUAUCAAGACAUUCACAGCAUUCAAGCCUUCCAUGAACAGAUUGUUAUUGCAGUUAAGGCUCCAGAAGAAACCAGACUGGAUGUUCCUGCUCCUAGAGAGGAUUCUAUCACAGUGCACAUAAGGAGCACCAAGGGACCCAUUGAUGUCUACCUGUGUGAAGUGGAGCAGAGUCACAUGGGUCACAAAAGGUCUGAAGGUGUCAUCUCUUCAUCUGAGAGCAGGCGUCCAGAACGCCCUGCGGAAGGCUCUGAAUAGGGAGGCUUUCGGUCAAGCAGCAGCUCCAUUCUCCAAAAGCCUCCCCAGUAACCUGCCCAUCAGGAGACUUCCAGCGCCGGACAUCUUGGAGAAGGAAAGGUGCCAGACCUACUUGAUCCAGGAGUCAAACAGCCACUCAGCUCAGCCAAGAGCCCACCCUACAGCUCGGUGGAUGGAGCAGGAUCCUCAAUUUUGCAUUUCUAAGGAGCAUAGCCUCCGGUCCUGCUGGGCCAGAGCAGUGGCUCCAUCUAACCUUGGAUCCCAGCCUGCAGCCUUGUCCAGCUACAGAUCCCAAAUAGUGUAAUUGUGUGGCUGGGGAAUACAUCCUGUGACCAGCUGAGCAGAAGCCGUUGUGGUACCCGGCCAGCAACCCCACCGGACAGCAGAGCCCAGGCUGUAGUGUCACUGGACGGUGAAGCCUAGGCAGUUUUCUCACCGCACAGCAGAGCCCGGCCAGCAGCCCCACCAACAUCAGAGCAAAGGCAAUGGCCCAGCCAACUAGAGAACUUACAAAAAGCUCUGCCUGCCUGGGGUGGUCACCGGCUGGUCCUUCCAAAAUCCCAGGCUAGUCUGAAUAGGGAAGCUCUAUCCCUGCCAACGAACACUUGUAAAGGCCAGAAGUGGAGGCUGUCUCCUCACAUGCACAGAUAACAACACAAGGAGACAAAGAUAUUGAAUAAUCAGGGAAUCAUGACAUCCCCAAAGGAAACCAGUAAAGCCCUAAUAAGGGACGGCUUUCUAUAUUCUCUAACAGGGGCUUUUAGGUACAAGUUUGAGUUCCUGUUUAUUCUUGUGAGACUGAAAAAAUUAGCCUUAUGUUAUUAACGUGAGCUUGACUAGGGAUCUUCAAUUUUUUUUUUUAAGUAGUUAGAUUGUAUGUUCUGUUACCUGUCUGCCUUUCAGUCCUUCACUUAGGAGAAUUUCUCUCUCAUGUGUCCUUUUUCAGAAGAAAAUCCUCAGCAAAGUGAAGAAUUGCUUGAAGUGAGCAACUGAUAGCAUUUAAGAAUUCAUGUAUUGAGUUUUGUGGGGAACGUCCUACAUGGGUGGAUGGCUGAUGCGUCAGUCUGAUUCUCAGAGCAAUAACGCAUCCCUGCAGUGCUCUCCUCUGUUAGCGGCAGCAUUAAGGCCGGUAGUACCUUUGAGUAGUUCACUACUUAGAUAAUUAUGGUUUCCACAUUUGAAAACAACUUUUUAUAAUUAUUCACUGCUUUUUGUUAGCGAAAUAGACACCCUGACACCUGAAAUAACUUCAUCACAAAGAGUGUUAUGAAAACAGAUGGUCAGGCCUGAGAUGGAUGUUCCUCGUGGACGCUACCCUUUCCUUCAAGGAUUGUAUUGUUUAUCACAAAAGAAAUUGCCUUACACUGGUCAUGUUUGCAGUUAGCUGUUGUACAUUGGAUAAGUGUACACACGAAUCUAAAUGUGAUGUCUUUGUAUAUAUACCUGUAUAAUGUUAUGAAAUAUGUCUAAGUGACACUUUUCACCCUUGUACAGCCAAAAUAAUGUAUAUAUGGAAAGUAACAGACAAAUUCUCUAAUUUCCUUGGUAUCUAUAACUUAUUAGAAUCCUCUGGAUGAGGGUUAGAGGAGAGUUUUUCCAAACUUCUACAUGUAGAAGUAUCAUAAAUGUGCUAUACAUUUACGUUCAUGGAGUUAAAGUAUUUUAAUAUGGUUCCCAAUGCUGAAAUUGGUAUUGGAUUGCAUCUUGAUUUCAAGCUGUCUACGGAGUUGUAUGUCUCAGCAGAGUGGUGGCAUGCCCCAAGGCUCCGGGGGCAGGUAUAGAAAUGCCAUCAGAUAAUAGUUUAAUUCAUUGUGAGACAUGAAUUCAAUCAUGGCGAAAAUUGGGAACUAUUUUAAGGUUUUUUGCAAGCAGAUUUUUGUAAUGUUUCUGUAUGCAGCCUUGCUCUUUAAUCAGAGGGGUUUUACUUACCACAAGUUGUACCCCGCCCUCUCUCCAGCUCUAGUCCACAUUUCCACAUACCUAGCUAUUUCUACCUCAUUGGGUAAGUCAUUUACCACUCUGUGCCUCAGUUUACUCUGUAGUUUACCAUUAGACUGUGAGCUCCUUGAGGGACCUUGUCGUAAUCAUUGUUAUAUCCCAGCGCCUUGCACCGUGCCUGGCCCAGAAAAAGUGCUUAAUAAAUGUUUAAACAAAUCUGUGAGUGGGUGAGUGAAUUGUAAAAUUAAACUAAUAAUACCUGCCUUGUCUAUCAUACAAGAUUCUUGUACCACUUGAAUUCAUAUUUUAAACUUCUUUGCUUUUAAAGAAAGAUUUGAAGCAACUUAAAAUUCAGAUCAUGUAUAGAAGGAUUUAAACUAGGAAUCCGAAAUCAAAGUAUUAAAAACUACUGCUGAGUGUUUAGCAUUCACAUACCUCUGAGCUCCAGUGGCCGUCACCAGUCCCGUGCUGUGGAGCCCCGGCUCCUCCGCCGCAGUCCCUGCUGGUCUGUUUCUCUGCCCGGGGCCUGCUGACAGUGCUCCUCUCUGAAUGGUUAGCCUCAAGGCUUUCCCUUACUCCCUCUGUUUUAUACAAAAAGUUAUUUGAAAUUAGCCAAAGAAAAGCCACAGGGGGCACUGUUUAUCAUCAUUGGACUGGUUAGUGAUAAUGGUGUGACAAAAUAGAGAAUACAGGAGAAACAGCAAGUGUAGGGUAAAAGUCAGUUACAUUUUGGACACGCUUGAUAAAAGAAAUUUAGGUAACUAUGCAUAUGUAGGUCAGGUGUUCAAAAGAAAGAUCUGAACUCUGUAGCAGAUUUGGCAGUUGUCAGUUUAUAUGUGAUGCUUUAAACCCUGAGAAUAGGUGAGGUCAUCUAAUGAGAGUAUAGCAGGAGAAGAGAGGCCCAAGGGCAUCUGUAUUUAAGGGGACAUACAGAAGAAAAAGCCUUUCCUAAAAAGGAAUGAGAGGAAAAGCUAAAGAAGGUAGUGUCCCAAAAACCAACAAAAAGGCUUUGCCAAAAGUGAUAGCAUCAUUUCUGAGCAGCAGUUCCUUGUGAAAUGUGACAGAUGUUCUACUUUACAAAUUGUUCUUAACAUAAAAUGAGAUCAUGUAAGCAAAAAGCUUUGUAAAUUGUAGAUGUGUUAUAUAAAUGAAGUAUCUCUCAAGUCACUCCA